GGGCGGGGCGGGCGCGCGGCGCUGAUGCAAGAGCCGAGCACGGACUGACCCCGCGGCACCGAGCGACCCCGGCCCCUCCGGCCCGCGGCCCCGCCGCAAACAUGUCCGGCGACGAGAUGAUUUUCGAUCCUACUAUGAGCAAGAAGAAAAAGAAAAAGAAGAAGCCCUUCAUGCUGGAUGAGGAGGGAGGAGGAGACCUACAAGCAGAAGAGACUCAGCAAUCAGAAACAAAGGAAGUUGAACCAGAGCCAACAGAAGACAAAGAUGUUGAAGCAGAUGAAGAAGAUAGCAGGAAGAAAGAUACAACAGAUGACUUGGAUGAUUUAAAUUUCUUCAAUCAGAAGAAAAAGAAGAAAAAAACAAAAAAGAUAUUUGAUAUAGAUGAAGCAGAAGAAGGUGUAAAGGAAUUGAAAAUUGAAGGAGAUGUGCCAGAGACAGUAGAACCUGAAGAUGACCUUGAUAUCAUGCUGGGCAACAAAAAGAAGAAAAAGAAGAAUGUGAAGUUUCCAGAUGAAGAUGAGAUAAUGGAGAAGGAUGAAGCAUUUGAGGAUGAAGAUAGCAAAAAAGAUGAUGGAAUUUCUUUUAGCCUUCAGUCAGGACCUGCGUGGGCAGGCUCAGAAAGGGACUACACAUAUGAUGAGUUGCUCAACAGAGUUUUUAACAUCAUGCGGGAGAAGAACCCGGACAUGGUGGCUGGAGAGAAGAGGAAAUUUGUCAUGAAGCCCCCGCAGGUUGUGAGAGUAGGGACCAAGAAAACGUCUUUUGUCAACUUCACAGAUAUCUGCAAAUUAUUACAUCGUCAGCCAAAACAUCUCCUGGCUUUUUUGUUGGCAGAAUUGGGUACAAGUGGUUCAAUAGAUGGUAACAACCAACUGGUAAUCAAAGGAAGAUUCCAGCAAAAACAGAUAGAAAAUGUCUUGAGAAGAUAUAUCAAGGAGUACGUCACCUGCCACACGUGCCGCUCGCCGGACACCAUCCUGCAGAAGGACACGCGGUUAUACUUCCUGCAGUGCGAGACCUGCCACUCACGCUGCUCCGUGGCCAGCAUCAAAACCGGCUUCCAGGCUGUCACAGGCAAGAGGGCACAGCUCCGUGCCAAGGCUAACUAGCUUUGCUAACCAGUGCUGCAGUUGGCAAAGUGUUCUGGGGAGAUGGGACUGGACGGGUUUGCCAUCCGAGUGGAUUUACCGUUGUAUUAAAGCGAGGUUGUAAAAACCACAAGAAAUUUUGGCUUUUGAUUGAUUGGUCUGUGAAAUCCUUGCAAGAUGCAGAUCCUCAAGCUGUUCACAUACAUUUGCUCAUUGAAUAUAUUUUACCAACUGUAAGGAGCGUGGUGGGAAAGGAGGUGCUUUUUAAUCCGUUCAGACUUCUGUAAAAGAUGAGAUGAAUUAAAGAUACUAUAACAGUGA